CGAGCAAUGGUUUGUUGUUUGUUAUUCAGCCAGCUGUACUGUAUGGGGCAGUAGUCAUAGCUGUCAGUGACUGGUCUCCUCUCCAUGGCCUGUCGUCCCCCCGACUCUGGCUCCUACACUGUGGUUAUCAUCCCGCUCAGGACCAGCCUCUGCAGCCUGGACGCACUUCGCUUCUACCUAUGGGUUAAGCGUCUGAGGGAUCUAGAGAAGGAGAAGGACGCACUGUGCUCGGGUUUGGAGAUCCUGGAGAAGGCCCGUCUCUGGUACCUGCAGCGGCUGGAGGAGAACAGAGCCAGGCAGGACAACACCGAGAGCAACAGUGGGGUCGGCUCCUGCCAGGAUGGUGCAGCAGAGGCUUGGUCUUGCCUCCUCAGGUCUCGUAUCCAGCGAGUGAAUGGCUCUCUGGGCUCUGUGAUAAGUGAGCCCAAUGUCAGCAGCAGCAGAACCUCUCUGCCUGACGCUGUGGCAGACAGCGACCUCCGCUGGCACAACACAGUACUGACUCAGGAGGUGAGUGACAAGAAUCGUCAGAUCUCCAUGUUAGAAAUGGAAAAAGACGCUCUCCUUGAACAGCUCGAUGAACUGCAGGCCCAUUGAUUGCACAUACACACACACACGAGCUCUACUGCAAACUUACA